CUCACGCUUUGCCACUUCACCCUCACCUCGCCAUGGAUCAGGCUGUCGCUCGCAAAACACUCCAGGAUCUCAUCAAACGCGAAGAUCUCGAGAACAAGAAAUGCAUUGACUGUCAGAACCCGAACCCACAGUGGGCAUCGCUCAGCUUUGCAGUGUUCCUGUGCUUGCAAUGUGCCGGGGCGCAUAGAGGCUUCGGAGUCCACGUUAGCUUCGUGAGGUCUGUAUCGAUGGACACAUGGCAGGAGGACCAGGUCAAGCGCAUGCAGCUGGGAGGCAAUGCAUUAUUCAGGGAGUUUAUGAAGACAUACCCAGCCGAACAGGGCGGAUAUACGCCGGGAAUGAGUCCAUAUGAUACAUAUCAUUGCUGGGCUGCAUCGCAAUAUCGAGAGAAGCUGGAUGCCGAGCUUGCUGGCAAGCCUUGGUCACCAUCCGCACCGCCCGCGGGAACGAGCCCUAGCGGUGCUGCGAGCCCACCAGGACGACCGUCGUCUGCUCAAGGACUUCGCAAAUCCAGAGCCUCUGCUCGCACGAGCACCGGACGUCAACUACGGAGUGAUUCAUCGUCCCCAGCCUCCUUCGGCAACGGCAAUUCUCCUGGUCUAGGCAGUGCAAGUCCCACAUCGGCGACUCCCCUCCAACAGGAUCAGAAGGCCGCGAACGAGACGUUUUUCGCAGGAUUGGGAGAGGCCAACGCUUCCAGAUCGGCCGAUCUCCACCCCUCACAAGGCGGCCGCUAUCAAGGGUUCGGUAACACGCCGUCUCCAGCGUCAAAUCCAUCCUAUGGUCUAUCGUCCAGGGCUGCACCUUCCCUUGCUGAGCUCCAGGAGAACCCUGUCGCCGCGCUCAGCAAGGGCUGGUCGCUGUUCUCUGCUGCUGUCGCAGGUGCAACGCGUGCCGUUAACGACAACGUGAUCCAGCCUGGCGUGGGGAAGGUGAUGGACCCGAACUUCCAGUCGGGUGUGCGUGGGUACGUCUCCGAGGCAGGCAAGCGUGUAGGAGAGGCUGGCCGCAGUGCGAACACCUGGAGCAAGAACGCGCUCGGAGUGGAUGUGGCGCAGCAGGUCGGAGGAGUGGUGGGGACUGUGAAGGACAGGGUGGUCGGAGGACCGGAACGGAGGGGGUACAGCUCUGUCGAUGUGGGAUACGCAUAUGUCGGGGAGACGUCCGCGCUUUAUGCGGAUCACGAGGAAGAGGAGGAGUUCUUUGACACCUUUAGCAGUGCGCCGGCUCGAAGCGCCAGCACAGCUUCGAAGGCGCCUGGUAAUGCGGGUUCCUCUGCCGCUGCUGCGAAGAAAGAUGACGAUUGGGACGAGUGGAAGGAUUUUUAGUAUACCAUCGGCUUGU